UCCCCUACCUCUCUCUCUCUCUCUCUCUCUCUCGGUCUCUUCCUGAUUCUGUCCAGCCUAUUCGACCGGUUUCCCUCCCCAUCACUCUGAGGGGGAAACCCCAACUUUUUGCCGAAUCCGCGAAUUGAUUUCUUCGCAGGCUUCAGGUGGGAGGAAAGAAAAGGCGGGAUUUAUGUCCUUCAAUCAAUCCAGGGCAGAGAAGAGCGAGAGCCAGCAGCUAAGGAAGAGCGGUCGUUCCGGCAGCUUCGGCCAGCAAAGGGGAUAUUCCGGCGGCGGCGGGAAGGGCGGCGGCUCGGCCCCUUCUCCCCAACUCUCCUCUUCCUCCUCUUUUCCCUCCUAUUCGUCGAACCACCCGCCGCUCUCGACAAAUCGGAGUUUCAAGAAGUCUGGAAAUGGACAAGGAGGGUCAUCCAGGGCGAAUUCAUCGAGUUCUGGGACGAGUUUUGUUGUUGCCUCUGCUCCUCCCGUUGCUCUGCGGGCCGUGCAGAAUGGUGCCCAUGUCCAACCACACUUGCAUGGAUCAUCUGAUGCAGCAUCGUCAAGUUCUGCAAAACCUGUGGAUGCACCCAUUCCAAGAAACUCACGAGCCCAUCCAAGGCCUCCAAUUUCUCAGUCCGCUGCAGGAACUUCAGAUCCUGAAGCCCCUGUGAUUCCGGCCGAAGGUGAUGGAUCCAAGACAUUUACACUUCAAUUUGGUUCUAUCAGUCCUGGUAUCGUGGAUGGAAUGCAGAUUCCUCCUCGGACCAGCUCAGCUCCACCUAAUCUGGAUGAGCAGAAGAAGGAUCAGGCUCACCAUGGUUCAUUCAGGGGUGUGCCCAAAGUGCCUAUACCCUCUGGACCACAGCAGCCACUACAGCCUAAGAAGGAUGCAAGUGGUGUUAACCAAUCUAAUAUUGGAGAAUCUCUACCUCCUGCCCGGGGAAAGCAGGAUAUGCACUCACGAAUUUCAGCUGCACCUGCUGUACUGUUACCCAAAUCUUCUGUUCUUCCUCUAGCUGGAAUAUCUAUGCCAAUGGCCUUUCAACAGCCCCAAGUCUCCUUGCAAUUUGGUGGUCCCAGUCCUCAGCUGCAAUCACAGGGUGUUGCAGCCACUUCACUGCAAAUGCCAAUGACAUUGCCUAUCGGACAUGUUCCCCAAGUAUCACAGCAAAUGUUUCUCCAUGGUCUCCAGUCUCAUCCUCUGCAGCCUCAGCUGAUGAUGCACCAGGGACAAGGCUUGAGCUUAGCACCUCAAACAGGUCACCAACUUCCUCCUCAGUUAGGAAACCUUGGAAUCAGUAUUGCCUCCCAACAGUUUGCACAACAGCAGCCUGGAAAAUUUGGUGCUCCUCGCAAGACCACUGUAAAGAUAACUCACCCAGAGACCCAUGAGGAGCUGAGACUUGAUAAAAGGACAGAUUCAUAUACUGAUGGUGGUUUUACACAGCAAAGGUCCCUUCCCAAUGUUACCUCCCAAUCUCAACCUGUUCCAUCAUUAUUUCCUUCCCAUUAUUAUCCUCCAUUGCAGCCCAAUACUUAUAACACAGCACAGAUGUUCUUCCCUACCUCAACUGCUCUUCCUUUGACAAGCAGCCAGAUGCCUUCUGGUUCACAUGCCCCAAGAUAUAGCUAUCCAGUUGGCCAGAUUGGCCAAGGCAUUACAUUCAUGCAUCCAUCUGUCAUUAAGCCCGUGCCUGGUGGCAAAGCUGGGUCUCCUUUGCACAAUCUCACGGAACCAAUGAAAGUGGAAACUGUGCCAGUCUCUUCUCCAUCAGCUACAGUUUAUGGGAAUAAACCUGGAACUGCUUCAGUGACAGUUAGCACGCCUACAAGCAAUGCUGAAGCACCUACAUUGUUAAAGCCUUCUAGAGAAGCCUCAUCUUCUCAUCCACAAAGUGAUGGUAAGGUUGGUCUAGAAUGUUCUGUUCGGCAGUCUAAAUCAGCUUCUCAGCCAUCAGAAACGACACAGGCUGCAGUUUCAUCAGUUCCAGAUGUUCCUCAUGAGGAGUAUGGAACUGUUGAGACAGGAACUGGUGGCAGGAUAAAAGAACCUAUCGAAAGAAUGAGUUUAUUGAAGGAUAACCAGAAAAAGCCCAAGAAGAAGGACCUCAGACAUUCACAGCACUCACAACAGACGGAUGCUUCUGAAUCUGCAUACAGAGAUGGAACAAUGAGGCAAUUAUCCAGAAACUCUGAGGAACUUCAGGAUUUUUCAGGGGUAGACAUGCCAACCGCUCCGUAUUCACCUCAUUUAGAACAAAGUAGUUCAACUGCAAUUAGGACUUCUAAAGAUGCUGAAAGUAAAUCAGUCCUUACUGAUUCAGAAUCAUCUGGGAUUAAUUUGGUGAAGGAAGUACUGCAAGAUGUUUGUUUGAGAGCUGACAGUGGAAUUCUGGUUAAAGAGAGAGGUUAUUCUGAGACAUCAACUUUUACAGGUCUUGAGAUGGAUGAGACUGUCUCUAAGAAUUUAUAUCCUACUCUUAGUCAGGACAAUUCUAUCUUGUUAGAUGUUGAACAAGAACAAGAAACACUUGCUGAAAAGGAACUCAGAAAAACAGGAGUAUCUAGUGAUUCCUCUCAAGAUACUGGUAAUGCUAAAAUGCAUCUGAUAUCUGUUUUUACAGAAUGUGUUGAAGGUGGAAAACCAGUUGAGUUGGCUGAGCAAGAUGGGGCUGGAAAAGAUAAUUCAGAAAGUUUGGCUUUCCAUGAGUCUUAUGAUGCUGAAAGGCAACAGACUGCUUCCUACAAUGAAGCAGUGGGGCAAAGCUUGAUGGUUGAUAAGACAAAUGAGGAAUUAGACAUCUCAUCUAGUAUGUCUUUGGACUUCACCAAAGAUGAAGCAGUUUCUUCUAGUCAUCUUUCAUCAGCAAACAUUGAAGAAAGCAAACCUUCCUCUCUUGAUGCCAUAACAAGCAAAGCAAUAUACAGCCAGGAUGUUGGCUGGAGCGAUCGUGAUGCCUCGCAACUGCAGACAGCUUCUGUUUCAGCCCCUCUUACUUAUAGGGUGACAGAGAAACUAGAAGGAAAAGUUACAGAGCUGUCUAGUGAGGAACUGGUUCCUGUUUUGUUAUCCAGGCCAAAGGACAGGACUGCUUUGGAUCCUCCCAGGGUUAAGCCUUCUGGAAAAAGGAAGAAGAGGAAGGAAAUUCUCUCGAAAGCUGAUGCCGCAGGAACUUCAGAUCUUUACAAUGCAUACAAGCAUCCUGAGGAAAAACAUGAAAUUAUCAGUACCACAGAAAGUGUGGAUGGUCCUGAAGUUGUAGAUUCUGAAAAACCUGUGGCUUCAGAUACAGAUAAGAAUGUUGUUGCGAGUGAGGGAGAUGGACAGAGUAAAAUUGAAGUGGAUGAUUGGGAAGAUGCAACUGAUAUCUCCACUCCAAAUUUGAAAAUUUCAGAGAAUGGACAGCAAGUCUGUCCAGUAGAGAAAUAUAAGGUUGAUGAUGGAAAUGAGAGUACUAGCAGAAAGUAUUCCAGGGAUUUUCUAUUAACAUUUUCAGAGCAAUAUACAGAUCUUCCUGUGGGAUUUGAGAUUAGAUCUGAUAUAGCUGAUGCUUUGAUGAGUGUUUCGGUUGGUGCUUCCCUUGUUGACCGUGAACCCUAUCCUAGUCCUGGAAGGAUCACAAAUAGAUCUCCAGGAGUUUCGCGGGUGGACCGCCAUAUGAUUGGCUUUGUGGAUGAUGAUAAAUGGACUAAAACAUCUAGUUCUUUGGCAUCUGUACGUGAUCUUCGGCCAGAAAUGGGUCAUGCAGCAGCUGUUAUGAACUUUCAGCCAGGACUAGGAGUAAGUCAUGGGGUUUUAAGACAUCCACGUGGGCAGUUAUCCAGUCAGUUUGCGGGCGGCAUUCUUUCUGGGCCAGUGCAAGGACUGGCAUCUCAGGGAGGGAUGCUGCAUAAUGCUAUUGAUGCAGAGAGGUGGCAGCGUUCUUCUGGCACUCAAAGAGGGUUAAUACCUUCUCCUCAAACGCCUGCACAAGUAAUGCACAGAGCUGAGAAAAGAUAUGAAGUGGGUAAAGUGACUGACAAGGAAGAGGCAAAACAAAGACAAUUGAAAGCCAUACUGAACAAACUGACACCUCAGAAUUUUGAGAAGCUUUUUCAACAAGUUAAAGAGGUUAAUAUUGACAAUGCUGUUACUCUUACAGGUGUAAUCUCACAGAUUUUUGACAAAGCUUUGAUGGAGCCAACUUUCUGUGAGAUGUACGCUGAUUUCUGUUAUCAUCUUGCUAAUGAAUUACCUGAUUUCACUGAGGACAGUGAAAAGAUUACCUUUAAAAGGUUGCUUCUAAAUAAGUGCCAGGAGGAAUUUGAAAGAGGGGAGAGAGAGGAAGCUGAAGCUAACAAAUCCGAAGAGGAAGGUGAGGCUAAACACUCUAAGGAGGAAAGAGAGGAGAAAAAGAUCAAGGCACGGAGGCGUAUGCUUGGAAAUAUUCGGUUAAUUGGUGAAUUGUACAAGAAAAGAAUGUUAACAGAGAGAAUUAUGCACGAAUGCAUCAAGAAGUUGCUCGGGCAGUACCAGAAUCCUGAUGAGGAAGAUAUUGAAGCCUUGUGCAAGUUGAUGAGUACAAUUGGUGAGAUGAUAGACCAUCCCAAGGCCAAGGAACAUAUGGAUGCAUAUUUUGACAUGAUGGCAAAACUAUCAACAAAUCAGAAGCUAUCAUCCAGGGUUAGGUUCAUGUUGAAGGAUGCAAUUGAUUUGAGAAAGAACAAAUGGCAACAAAGAAGGAAAGUUGAAGGUCCAAAGAAAAUUGAAGAGGUGCACAGAGAUGCAGCUCAAGAGCGGCAAGCUCAAGCAAACAGAUCAGCUCGUGGUUCUGGCAUUAGUGCAGCCUCAAGAAGAGGACCACCUGUGGACUAUGGUCUGCGAGGAUCCACUAUGUUACCUCCUCCAAGCUCCCAUGUUGGCAAUAUACACAAUUUAUCACCUCAGGUCCGUGGUUAUGGAUCUCAAGAUGUUCGAUUGGAGGAUAGACAUCCAUUAGGAAGUAAAACAUUUUCAGUUCCCCUUCCUCAAAGGCCUAACAAUGAUGAUUCAAUUACCCUUGGCCCACAAGGUGGACUUGCGAGGGGUAUGUCUGUUAGAGGACAAUCUUUGAUAUCAAAUGUUUCGUUGGCUGAUGUUUCUCCCUGUGUUGGUGACCAUCGUAGGAUGCCAUCAGGUCCAAAUGGUUACAGUUGGUCAUCUGAUUGGACACCUUGCAGCUCAAAAGAAGAAAUAAUGCCAAAACAUAUGCCAGAUAGGUUCUCUGGAGCACCACAUGAUCCAAUGAAUUCCCAAAAUCGUAAUACCUAUUUUGGGAGCAGGGAAAAGAUUUUAGAUCGUUCUUUUGAUAGAUCUGCAGCAACUAUCAUCCCUGGUGGUCAUGCGCAGGCAUCUUUAAGUGGCAGUGCAGGUGCACCUUCCGAAAUAAAACAGUUGUCUGAAGACGUCCUGCGGGAAAAAUCAAUAUCAACAAUAAGGGAAUUCUAUAGUGCCAGAGACGAGGAGGAGGUAUCUCUGUGCAUCAAGGAGCUGAAUUGUCCAAACUUUUAUCCUGCCAUGAUAUCGCUGUGGGUCACAGAUUCCUUUGAGCGGAAAGACAAGGAGAGGGAUAUCUUGGCUACACUCCUUGUGAACCUUUGCAAGUCUCGAGAUAGUUUGCUUAAUCAAGUACAACUCAUCCAGGGGUUUGAAUCUGUUCUCGCCUCACUGGAGGAUGCUGCAAAUGAUGCUCCAAGAGCAGCAGAGUUUCUCGGCCGCAUGUUUGCUAAAGUUAUAUUGGAAAAUGUGGUUCCGCUCAGAGAGAUGGGAGAACUACUUCAGCAUGGGGGGGAAGAGCCUGGGCGUUUAUUAGAACUGGGGCUUGCAUCCGAGGUCCUUGGAAGCACUUUGGAGGUGAUCAAAAUGGAGAAAGGGGAAUCUGUCUUGAAUGAGAUACGUGCCAUCUCCAAUCUUCGGCUGGACGAUUUCAGACCACCGCAUCCAAUCAAGGCAAAGAAAUUGGAUGCAUUUCUUUAGAGUUGAGGAUUCUUUGUUUUUGGUGAGCUUACCAUGUAUAGGUCUCUUCCUCUCGGAUUGCUUCUCCUGUAAAAGUUUUUUUUUAAUUGUUUUAUAUAUACUUUAAAAUUUUGCAAUGUCUUCGUAGAAUUCUUAUCUUCAAUAUUGGAAAGAAAGCAUCAAUGGAGCAGCUUAUUGGCCAGCAUUGGAUAGAGCAGCCAUUCAACCUA